UGAACAAACCGUCCUCUAAUACGCUGCUUGUGUUAUUUAGUCUGCGUCGUUGGUUCGGUGACCAUUGUAUACAAUAAGCGGUUGCACGCUCAGUGUCGACUCAAUACUGGCUUGGAGUAUAAAAGAUAUGUCUGGCCAUUAGUGGCCCCGGAUAAACAUUAAUGUGCGAAGAUUUGAAAGGGAGUGUUGGCGUCUUCUGCUUGAUUUACUGCCAAGCAAAUACUUCAGUGAGACACGUUACAGAACUGGGGAUGUUAACACGGUGCAGCGGUGACAAGUUAAAACAUAGGAGCUGCUACAUGACACGUUUUAUAUAGUUAAUCCGAUACUGCUUCUGGAAUUAAUCACACUUUCUUGGUAGAAGAACUAAUAAUCGUACGUACAGACAGGACGAUUUUGAACAGAAGUUACCAUGUCGGCGCCGUGGACACUUUGGCGGUCAAUGCCACCAAGAUACCAGCUCAGCCUUGAGCGGAAAGAACAACCAAAACCCAGAGAGAAAAAAGGCGAUUUUAUAUUGGAACCACAGGCAACGAAUCGGUCGCUGUCAGAUUCAGAAGACCGAGAAUCAACGCUUAAUCAAAGCCUCAUCCACAGCGACAAGGAGCGUCUGUUCAAAAAGGCACAUCCGGCAUUUCCAUGUCGGCGGUCAGCAUACCUUCACCAUAUGAAGGUACAGGGGAGGGUAAAUUCAGCCAAAACAUUCAUCAACGAACACCCAAGUGUUAUACCCUCCCGGCCUCAUACAAGAGCGAAGAGUGCACCUAAUCUUCUUGAAAAUUGUGCCGCCAACAAAUCCCAUGACCCAUUUAUUCCUACCAGGGAAUAUACCACAGACAGUCGGAACUUAUAUUACAAAAUUCGCCACGAUCCUAGAUUUUCGGACAAAGUGGUAGACAUUCCGGAAUCGUAUGAGCCAGAACCGGAGAGUACCCCUGAAAGAUUCCCCGCCAGAAAAGUCCCAAGAUCGGCUUCCCGUGUUGUAAAGAAACUAUUCGUUUCACCAGAAAAUUCCAUGCAGUUUCAGUACGUUUCGGAGACCCCACUCGCUCUGCAUAAGCAAACGUAUCACAGUCUUCCCGAUGAAGUACCGGGCGGAAUGGACGGCGAUCAAAGAAACGAUAGUUUACCACCGGGUAGUCCUCCUAACACGGAGGAUCCCGAAACACCAAGUAUCCCGCCCCAUCUUCAACCAAGUAGAAGCGGCAGCGAUCAAAUCCACACUCAAGGCGACCAGAGCAACGGUAACGUAGUGCAAGAAUACAUGCUGAGAACCGACGACAUUUUGAGAUAUUACUCAGAAAAAGACUGCAGCAUUUGUAAACACAUCGCAGAUGACAUUUCCAUAUACCAGCAGUCUCUCAUGAGUAACGACGGGCACCAAAGACGACUGAUCGAAAAUUCAUUCCUAACUGGUCGUCCUUUAAUGGACUACCUAGAAAGCCACACACCUAAGGAGAUAACUAACAAUAAAGUACAUAAGAUAUUUCUCGGUAAUGUGAGAGAUCAUUUCAGUUUGGACACUAUACAUGAUCCCCUGGAGACCAAUAACGCGUUUUUCCAAUUGAAUCGUCCGUCUGUGCUGAAUCCUCGCAAAGAAAUGGGAUUACCAAGAGUUUUAGGCAAACAGAUUUCUGAGACGGAAACAAAAAAUUCCAGGAAACUGAAACCAUCAUUGGUUCCGUGUUUUGCUAAAGAAAAUGGUGCUGUGAAAUUAAGACUAUCAAAGGACAAUCAGGCAAGGAUACCAGCCGAGCCGAAAGAAUCACCACGAAAAACAUGCAUUAAAUACGCCGAAAUUGUUAUUCCCUCCGCAACGGAGAGUGACUCCGGUACUUUACUAGGUUUAAGUCCAAGAAAAUCAGAUAUGAAUGCCACGAUAUAAAUUUCUACAGGUUUUAUGAAGCUUUUCACAUACUAUAUCAUGAGACAUGUAUUCAUUACCGUUGGAGUUUGAUUCCCAAGAAGAUUUUAUUCAUACUGACUUUUUAUUCAUUUUAAUCGUUUAUUAAAUUUUGAAAUAAUA